AUGGACCAACGCGAAACAGAACUGAACACUUCCUCCAUUUCGAACUCAACCAGGUCAGUGUUUUAUUGUCCAAAAGAUCCACAGUUAGUUUGGAAUUUACAUGACAUAACUUCGCCUUGGAUUUUUGCCGCUGUCGCAUCUAUAAUCUCUCCAACUGCAGUUCUUUUGAACGCACUUGUGAUAAUAGAAGUAAAGCAAAGGAAAGAACUGCAGAGAGCUACCAAUGUCUUGCUAUCAAGUUUGGCCGUUACAGAUCUUCUAGUAGGAAGUUUAUGUGUACCUUUAUCUGCUGUGGUUGGACUAUUCGUUCCGUAUCAAAUACAGGCUGACCAUUGCAUUUGCAAAUUGGACUCUGUGGCGAUUUCGUCCACGAUCACAGCAAUUUGUUCGAUUUUCCAUCUUACAAUGAUUGCUUGGGAAAGGUACGUGGCCAUUCGAAAAUGGAUUGACUACAGAGUUAUAGUGACUAGAAGCCGCUUGAAAAAGCUGGCGAUAAUAGCUUGGGUGUCAGCAAUAGUAACCGUAUCUCCAACACAUUUUAUUACGGCACUCACAGGGAUUUUGAGGGAAAAUGAGAUGGCUUUAGCUCUGGAAAUUUUCUUUAUCGUUCUUUCAGCUUUCUUAUUUCUUGCCCUAAGUCUUGUCAUAUAUUUCAGGGGCACCUAACGAGAAUAUAGUUCAAAACCACUUAAACAUAGCAAUGUUAAACGUGUUUUAGUAUUUAAACGGUGGAUAUGGGCAUAUUUUUAUCCCCUAUAAAUUUUCCAUCUGUUCGGAUUUCCUAGCUGAAGGUCUAGUGAUCCGAAAAUUAUAGGGAUCAAAACUUACCCGUUCGAAAAUUUCAGCCAGAAAAAAGGCUCCCGAAAAUUCUAGGUGACAUUUUUACGGUAAAAAUCCGUUGAAAAUGGGCAAUUUUACCAUUUUUUGGAUGUUCGAAAAUCCUAGGAGAGGCAGGCAAGCAAGAAAUUUUACAACAAAUGUUCCGAAAAUUCUAGAUCUCAAAUCGUCUUCCGAACAGAUAUUUUCCCGAAAAUUGCCGUUGGGUGCCCCUGAUAUUUUUAUUUCAUGGUGUACCUUGGAGUUCGCAAACGUAAAUUAAGUCAAAUUCGCCAAGUCAGCGAGUUAGUGAAUGCGAAACUCGAACAGAGAGUAGCUGUGACGACUACUUUAGUUACGGUUGCCCUGAUUCUUUCCUUUUUCUCAAAUGCUGUUAUUUGUAUGUUGGAAGGAGUUUAUCCAGUUCUUCGUAAACGUUUUGUGAUAGACUUAAAAGCCACACUUCUAUCCACAAAUUCUGUAGUAAAUCCGCUUAUUUACUGCUACAGAGACUGUCGUUUUAGGAACGCCGUGCUGGAGAUUUUGAGGAUCAGAAAACCAAAAGUAACGCCGUGUGUUGUAACCGAUGCAGCAAGAUUCGCCAGAGGGAAGGAUGUAUUUGAUUCAGAAAGAGCUAAGGUACAAGGACAACAAGUGGAAAACCCUGUUCGUUUGACAAGAUCAGCAUCGUGUGAUUUGGUCCAUUUCUUAGGUCGAUUUCAACUUGAGUCUCACAAAAAAGCGUUCAAACGGACUAUGUCAUCUCCGUCUCUC